CAACAUUUCAGAACGUUUAAAUUUUAAAAAGCUUCAGCACGAUUGGAUCGAGCGGCGUUAUUUCUCGAAACAAAUUGUUUUACCUUUUGUUUUAACCUAAAUUUAAGAUUAAAGUCUAAAAUUUUCAUUUACAAUCAAAAAUGUCUCACACAAUUUUGCUGGUCCAACCUGGCCCAAGGCCUGAAACUAGGACCUAUUCAGACUACGAGAGUGUAAACGACUGUAUGGAAGGCGUUUGCAAGAUCUAUGAGGAGCAUCUGAAGAGGCGAAACCCGAAUACGCCUACAAUCACCUACGACAUCUCGCAGUUGUUUGAUUUUGUCGAUCAGCUUGCGGACCUUAGCUGUCUCGUAUACCAGAAAUCCACGAACACAUACGCACCAUACAACAAGGACUGGAUAAAGGAAAAAAUAUAUGUUUUGCUACGUCAAGCGGCAGGGCAGAGUGACUAGAUGUAAGUUCUUUAGUUUACGGUAACAUAUACUGUGUGGGGGCAACAAGUGUUUGGUAACGUUUGAAACGUUUCUUUAGUCGUGAAAAGUUUUGGUCACUGGGAGAUUUUGUAAAUUAUACCUGAAGGUACAGGAUACAUUGCUACAACUUAGUUUUUGAAUUAAUUUACUGGUUGUAUUACAUUUUAUGUCCAUAUGUCACUCCUAUUUGUGUGGUUUCUACUACAAUACUCCCAGAUAUUUUAUGUAUGAAUGAAUAUUUUGACGUUACAUUCACUUACUUAGUCCAAGAUCCUCUAUUCACAGUAUGCGUGCCAGUGAUAAUGACAAAUUGUAAAAACUAUUUUAAGAACACCAUUUCUGACUUUUUUUUGAUCUGGAGAGCCUUAUUACGCUGGAAGUAGGACAUAACAGGAUGAUUGUUUACGUCUUUAGACAUUUAGAUAGGGUUCAAUAGAAAAUCUGUGUAUGGUCACCCAUUGCUGGAUCAAACUAGCAGUUGCAGUUGUAAUAGAGGCUAGAAUACUUAAAUCACAGUACAUGUUUGUAGCCAUACUAAAGAAUUGAUGGCAUUUAAGCUUCAACCACACUAACGCGUGCAGAUUGCGCCGGCGAUAUGUUACGCGUUGGUGUGGUUGAAGCUUUAAUUGAUGCAAUAAUACAAAUCAACGUAAAUGUGUGUAUAGAAUGACUCCGAGAUGGGAAAGUUCACUCACAAGCUACUCCUACCACCUUACGUUUCUCUGUGACCAAUAUUUCUAUAACUAUAGAUUUUGCAACUCUGCUAUGUCCUACGUCUCCUGUGUUAACAACUAAAAUAAUUUUGAUUCCUGAAGAACUUUAUAUUUUUGUUUUUCAACAAAAAAGCACUACUCGGGUACUCAGUUUUGACUUUUUAAGUAAAUUCAUGAUUCACUAUACGAUCCACCGUCUCUGUGGUACAAUAGAACUAAGUGUAAUUUAUUUAAGGUACAAUUUCAUGUGAGCUGUCUUAUGUUUGCUAUGUUGGCGUAUUCAUACAAAAUUAUACCUAAAUUCGUUACUCUUGGUGAAGUUUAUGCCCGUUUUCACCAUCAAUCCCUAAUUUUUAGUGACCUCUAUUGUAACACUUAACAGGCAUUUUGUUUUCAUAAGGGUCACUUAAAAAUUAGGGAUUGAUGAUGCAAACGGGCAUUGACCUCGCUUCAUGCCACUUCUUGGGUAGUUUCAAUCAAUGUGAAGUAUUUUUUUAUUGAUUUCUUUAUGCCAUUGCUAUUUUAAAAAAAAUAAUUAUGCUUCGAUUGUCAAAUCGGCGAAAAUACAGAUUGUAUUAUUACCAUUUAAAAGUAUUUUGUUAAUGGUAACAUCCUUUAGUAUUGCCAUGCGAAAAUGAACCUUUUUGGUAGCUUUUUCAUUUUGAUUUCAUCUGUCUUGAAAUCACGUCAAUUUUACUAUGUGAAUAAUGCCCGUUUUCACCAUCAAUCCCUAAUUUUUAGGUGACCCCUUUGAAAACGAAAUUCCUGUUGUGUUACCAUAGGGGUCACUUAAAAAUUAGGGAUUGAAGGUGAAAACGGGCGUGAAUGUCUUUAAUAUUUAAGUUGUGUUCUAAAUGUUCAUUUAUUACUACACAGUACAAUUUAAUUAUUUGCUUGCCAGUUUUUAAAACUGUUCUUCAUAACUUAAUACACCAAAAGAUAUUGCAAAACAACUUAAAUAUUAAUAUUUGACUCUCUCAGUGUCUCGCUAUCUCUCUUACUAGUAUCAGAGUAAAUACAAAUGAGUAGGUCAUCUUCAUAGAAACGCACGGGCGCGGUUUGUAUGUGAGCGCGCCAAUACGUAUGCGGCGCGUACGCACACGCCGAAUUUUGUAUAUUGGCUCCCAUACAAACCGCGCUUGAUGCGUUUCUAUGAAGAUGACCUACUCAUUUGUAUUUACUCUGCUAUUAUUCUGGGCUGAGAGAGCGAGACAACACGACGCGGGUUUACAUGUAAAAAUAAGGCUUAAAUUACUCUAGUAUUUGUUAAAAAUUGACCAAUACUGAUGUUAAUUUGUUUCGUACUUUGGAAGCUCAAAGUUUUUUCUUUUCUUUUUGUUACGUAUUAAUUAUAAGAUAAUGUAAGUAUUAGAGUAAGAAUAAAGUUUAAAUUCUAA